ACAAUGAGCCAGGAGCACCGAUGCCCAGUCAGUUCACAGUUGACAUCUUACCAUCUUUGGACCGCGACCUAAUUAAUCUCAAGCCAUUACUCAAUACCUCGUGUUACUUAACUAUUUUAUAUUUCUUUCGACUUUAUCAGUACUCGUGUGUCCGUUCAACUCCACCGUUACCUGAACUAACUACAGAGAACGCUUUAGAAUCCAGUUUUCCAGUGAUAACAAACCCCAACAAAAUGGUCUUGUCGGACGUGAACAACUUGGGCGGUACGAAGAAAUCGGCGGCCGAACGUUGGCUGCGGCAGCGCAAUGCUCAGCGGGCGUCGGCGGCGCGGUGCAUAUUCGGGCCACCGGAGAAACGGGCCCACCUCAUGAUGAUUAUGCGGAACGAGGCCGAAAUGGAACGCAAACGGAUCGAGUUCGCGUCCCGGUACGAACCGGUCGGACUGACGGCCGCCGAGCGUCGCACGUUCUACGACGGUCUCCUCAGAUCGCCGCCUCACAAUAAUGUCGCCGAUAAUCUUAAAAACAAGAAAUCGGACCAGCAGCACAAAAAAUGCAAUAAUCACAAUCAACCCGAAGACGACGGCAGAAAUCAAAAAUAAAUAAAAGAGCCCCUAUACACUAUUAUAGGAGCAUGCGCGCCCAAAUUAUCAUGAAGAUCUCUAGCCUAACACUAAAAAAAAAAAAAAAACCUAACAAUUAUCUUCUAUACCUAUCUAAUAUUAUAUCGUCUGUUUUGUAUGUAGUUAAAGGUUUUGGGGAAAAAUUGGGUCUUUUAUUACUUAUUAUUAUUAUUUGAUUUGUUUUAUUUAUUAUUUGUACGAAGUCGGGAAACGUUUUAUUUUCGGUUGACAAAUUGAUAUAUAACUAAUGACUGUAUAACUGGACUGUAUAAUUAUAUAAUAGAACAUCGUUUAAAUUAUAAUAAUUAUAUUGUUAUGACAACAAUAAUUUCGAGAAAUAUAAUAAAUAAUUAAACUAUCGCGCUUAAUAAAAUCGAUUUCAAAAUUAAUAGAGCAACAAUGCCGCUAUAAUUUGCCAUUUUUUUUAUUCUGCAAAUAAAUAUAGUAUAAAAAAAAGCGGUAUUGCCAAGAUAACAGAGGUUAAAAAACUACUCUAUCUAACGACGCAUUAUAUGCAAGCUAUUCAUACACAAUAAAAUAUAGCGUAGUUACAUAAAACAUUAUAAGUUAAUUUUUCCACUCAUUACUCGUGAAAGCAUUAUCGUUUUUUUUUUUUAAUUCUAGUAUUAUUUUUUAGAAUUUUUUUUUCCUUGUUGUCACAAGAGAUACUCAUGAUAGUGGCUAUAUAUCAUUGUAGCUAUUUUAAGAAAUUUAUAUGCAAUAUAAAUGCUAGUCUAAUAAUUUGUUACGGAGAAAAAAAAUAUUUAUGCGUUAUUUAAGUAUACAUUGAUGAAUUUAUAUAAACAAAAAAUAUAUUAUUUAUGGUAUUGUAAUAAUUUUCCAACGAAAUUAUUUUGAUUUUAUUAUUAUUAUUAUUAGGGUUAAAAAAAUUGU